UCAUACUGUCUGACCUUUUCACACUCCACUAAAAGUCUUCAACCACAGUAAUGGUGUAAAACCUUUUUCUGAUCUGAAAAGUUUCUAUCUGAGGGAAAAGGGAAAACCAUUGAACAAAUGGAGUGCAUCAGAGCUCAGAAAUUGGAAACAAUGGCAAUAACAAUUUUCCUUAGAUGGAUGCAUUCCAGGAGAGUACUAAAAGGUGAACAAAGACAUCUGAUUAGGUCAAAGGAGAAGUAGUCUAAAUUAGCUCGAUAAGAUAAAGGAAAGUUGUGUUUGAACAGAAAAGGAAACUUUUAACCGUUAUUCAUUAAGUUUCCGAAAUUGAAAAAAGCUUAUCAAUAUAGGUCGGCGCCUGCUGGUGUCUGGUGUGCUCUAUAAAUACUUCACUGCUUCUCUUCUCCUUUCGACCAUCACAGAUACGAACAACUACUCAAGCUUUCAACUUAAUUAAUUAAUCCGAAGAGAGUGAUAUUCAUUCAGAGCUAUGUCGACGCAAACAACAGAGGCGAUCGUGGGGAAGAAGAUCCAGGGCACCGUCGUUUUGAUGAAGAAGAAUGUAGCUGAGGUCGCCGACUUGGGUGCAUUGGUGAGUGACGAUAUUCACGAGCUGUUUCGCAACCGAGUCUCUCUUCAACUCGUCAGUGCCCAAAACAGUGACUCAGCAGCUGCAAAUGAGUUGAAAGGAAAAUUAGGAAAGAAAGCAUUUCUGGAAAACUGGAUUGGUACGACAACUCUUCUAGUCGCAAAUGAAUCUGCAUAUAAGGUCACCUUUGAUUGGGAUGAAGAUAUCGGAAUUCCUGGAGCAUUCUUAAUAUGCAAUGCCCAUAACAAUGAGUUCUAUCUCAAGAGUCUUACACUUGAAGAUGUUCCUGGUGAAGGACGGAUGCAUUUUGUUUGCAAUUCGUGGAUUUAUCCUACUACUGAUAAUGAGAAAUAUCGCAUUUUCUUCAUUAAUAAGACAUACCUCCCAAACCGGACCCCAUUGCCAUUGCGCAAGUAUAGAGAAGAAGAAUUGACGAAUUUGAGAGGAGAUGGGAAAAAGGAACUAAAGGAAAGAGAUAGAGUGUAUGAUUAUGACUACUAUAAUGAUUUGGGAGAACCUGCAAAAAGUCCUCGACCAAUUCUUGGAGGAUCGACUAAGUAUCCUUAUCCUCGAAGAGGAAGGACAGGUCGACCACGAUCAGAAAUAGAUCCUAAGAGCGAAAGCAGAAUACCACUUAUAAAGAGUUUAGACAUCUAUGUUCCAAGAGAUGAGAAAUUUAAUCAUUUGAAGAUGUCUGAUUUCUUUGCCUAUGCAUUUAAAUCUAUAGUUCACUUUAUCAAACCAGAGAUCAAAGCUUUAUUCAAGAAGAACAUUAAUGAGUUCAACUCUUUGGAAGAUAUCAUGAAACUUUACGGAGAAGGAAGCAGUUUGUCCCACAGUUCUCUUCUUGAUCAUAUAAGGGAAAACAUCCCGCUUGAGACGUUAAAAGAAAUCUUGCGAACAGAUGGUGAAAGCCACUUCAAUUUUCCACUGCCUCAAGUCAUUAAAGAGGAUAAGUCGGCAUGGAGAACAGAUGAAGAAUUUGCAAGGGAAAUGUUAGCUGGAGUAAAUCCUGUAGUUAUUUGCCUGCUUCAGGAAUUUCCUCCCACGAGCAAGCUAGACCCUAAGCUAUAUGGUGAUCAAAGUAGCUCAAUUGACAAAAGCCACAUUGAGAAGAACUUAGAUGGACUCAGUACAGAAGAGGCAUUGGAGCAGAAGAGGCUAUUCAUUUUAGAUCACCACGAUCAUUUGAUGCCAUGUUUGAGGAAAAUAAAUACCACUUCCACGAAGACAUAUGCAUCUAGGACACUCCUCUUCUUGAAGGAUGACGAGACCUUAAAGCCACUAGCUAUUGAGUUAAGCUUGCCUCAUCCCGAGGAAGAUCAACUUGGUGCUAUUAGUAAAGUACUCACACCAGCUGAAAAUGAUGUUGAAGGCUCAAUGUGGCAGUUGGCAAAAGCCUAUGUUUCUGUUAAUGACGCUGGCUAUCAUCAACUCAUCAGUCACUGGUUGCACACUCAUGCGGUGAUUGAGCCAUUUAUUAUUGCAACAAAUAGACAGUUGAGCGUGCUUCACCCUAUCCACAAACUUCUUUAUCCUCACUUUCGCGACACAAUGACUAUCAAUGCACUUUCUAGGCAAGCCCUCCUUAAUGCUGACGGACUCUUUGAGGCUACAGUUUUUCCCGCCAAAUAUUCCAUGGAAAUGUCAUCUUUUCUUUAUAAGAAAUGGGUUUUUACUGAUCAAGCACUCCCUGAAGAUCUCAAGAAGAGAGGAAUGGCUAUUGAUGAUCUAAACUCACCACAUGGUGUAAGUUUAUUGAUAAAAGAUUAUCCAUAUGCUGUUGACGGGCUUGAGAUAUGGUCAGCUAUCAAAAUGUGGGUAAAAGAUUACUGUAACUUCUAUUACAAAAGUAAUGAAAUAAUUCAAGAGGAUGUGGAACUCCAAACAUGGUGGAAGGAGGUUCGAGAGGAAGGUCAUGGUGAUAAGAAAGAUGAGUCAUGGUGGCCUAAAUUGCAUACUUGUGACGAGUUGGUGAAUAUUUGCACCAUUAUUAUAUGGGUGGCAUCUGCACUUCAUGCAGCUAUAAACUUUGGACAAUACCCGUAUGCAGCAUACCUCCCUAACCGCCCUACCAUAAGCCGUAGAUUCAUGCCAGAGAAAGGGACUCCUGAAUAUGAUGAACUCCUGUCUAACCCAGAAAAAGUUUUCUUGAGAACCAUCACUUCCCACUUGCAAACAGUUAUUGGCAUGUCACUUCUCGAAAUUUUGUCAAGACAUUCCUCGGAUGAGAUUUAUUUGGGACAAAGAGACACACCAGAAUGGACAUCAGAUGUAGAAACCUUGGAGGCAUUUAAGAAGUUUGGAAAUAAGUUAGCGGAGAUUGAAGAAAAAAUAGUAGAGAGAAACAAUGACAAGGAGUCGAAGAAUCGUAUUGGUCCAGUGAAUAUGCCAUAUACUUUGCUCUAUCCUACCGGUGAAAUCGGGCUUAUUGGCAAGGGAAUUCCAAAUAGUAUCUCAAUUUAAACAUUCUUUAAAUUUGUGAUGUACAUUUUCUUCUUUUUUUUUCAGUUUUUUUUUUUACCACUUUAAGCUUAGUGCUUGCAACAUUACAUGUUUAUAUUUGACAAAUACUAAUAACAAUUUUAGUUAA